CAGACGAGCCCCUUUCUCCGGUGGCAGUUUUCAAAAUCGGUUUUUGAGAACCAGCAGUGCUCAGCACAGUGUGGGCUCCAAGCCGGGUAGCGGAGCGGCAAGUGCCCGUGCCAGCACCGAAGACUGCGGGGCCGGAUAGCCAGAGCCUUGUGUAGGAUUGUGGACGAGCGACUGCUGAGUCUGGGGGAGAUGCCAGUGCCUCGAAACUCCAAGUGUGCCAACGGAAAGGGGCUCCGAUCCAGCAAAACUCAGCCUAUGGAGAAUACUAGAGGCGAAGUGAUAGGUGCUAUGGAGAGUCAGGAAGCAGACAAGGAGGAAAGUAGCCAGUCAAAGAGAUCACCAUCUUCACCACAGGGAGCACCUAAAAAACGAUCUGCUUUUGGAGAUCUCACCAAUGCUCACCAGAGUCAGCCUACCCAAUUUAAGAAGGAGGUGGUCAAAGGGACUGCUAAGAAGGUACUUCGGAGCACAGCGGCUCAUGAUCUCUCCAAAAACAAUGAGAUCAACUCGAAAAAAUUUGGCUUCAAAACCCUUUCCGAGGAAGCCUCUGUCAGCUCUGAGCCCACUGUCAAGGAGAGGCUGAUAUCUGUCCAGGAGAAGGAGCUCAAGCCUGUCCAAGAGGAGCCUGUCCAGGAGGAGCCUCUUCCAGUGAAUGAGGGGCCUAGUGUUGAAGGGGCCUCAGCUUCAGAAGCACCAGGACCAAGAGAGCAGAUGCCUGGGAUGGAGGAGGAUAUUGAAAAAAUUGAAGAGGACCCAUAUGCCAAUACAGAAUAUGCCAAGGAAAUCUUCAAAUACAUGAGAAAGAGAGAGGAGGCCUUCCCAGUCUCAAACUACAUGGUCAAACAGCAUGACAUCAGCAAGGAUAUGAGAGCCAUCCUGGUGGACUGGAUGGUGGAGGUGCAGGAGAACUUUGAGUUGACCCAUGAGACUCUGUAUUUGGCAGUGAAAUUGGUGGAUCACUACUUAAUGCAUGUGGUGUGCAUGAGGGACAAGUUACAACUGAUUGGCUCCACCGCUAUCCUGAUUGCAUCUAAAUUUGAGGAACGUUGCCCACCCUGCAUAGAUGACUUCCUAUAUAUUUGUGACGAUGCUUAUCAGCGAGAAGAGCUUCUUUCUAUGGAAAUCAGUAUCCUCCACACCCUCAACUUUGAUAUUAACAUUCCUAUUGCCUAUCGGUUCCUGCGCAGAUUUGCCAAGUGUGCUCAUGUCAGCAUGGAGACCCUGACCUUAGCCAGGUUCAUCUGUGAGCUGACUCUGCAGGACUAUGACUAUGUCCAAGAGAGCGCCUCAAAGCUGGCCGCUAGUUGUUUCUUCUUGGCCCUCAAGAUGAAGAAUCUUGGACAAUGGACUCCCACAUUAGAACAUUACAGCGGAUACCAGAGCACAGAUCUCUUCUCCCUGGUCAAAAGACUCAACUUCCUCCUGACUUACCAACGUCAUGACAAACUCAAGGCUGUGCGUACCAAGUACUCUCACAAAAUCUUCUUUGAAGUUGCUAAAACUCCUACCUUGGACAUGUUGAAGCUGGAGGAGAUUCUGAACAACUCACCCUGAAGAUCAAAGCAGAGACCCAAGUCAGGAGGCCCCGAGGCUAGCCCAACUUGUAAAUAGACUAUAAAUAUUUUGUCCUGUCUUUGUUUGCGUGUCAGCACUUCUGAUCCCUUUCUUUCUGUCUGUAUGAACUUGUUAUUUUAAAGGGAAAAACUUUUUAAGAAGAAAUAGUUCUAUUAUUUUGAUUAGAAACUAAAUAAGAUGUUGUCAAGUGCCUUCCCUCCCCUCUUAUCCUCUUGAAGUAGAUGAGGGUAGAAAACAACAGCCACCUCCUCCCUGGGGAAGAUGCCAAGGCAUUCUUGCCAGAAGGCAGUUCCUUUCCUGCUGGUAAUUGUCCCCAAUGGCCUGCCCUAUUCUACCUUUUCCUUUUCUACCUCCAGCUCUCCCCAGGGAGGGGAAACUAUUGCUCCUCAGAUAUCAAGUUCAAGGAGAGUGUCUUCUAGCUCCCCCCUGAGAGAGAGUGUGAGAGUGAGCUUCCCAUGCCCAGCAAUGGCUUGAGGGUCGGAGCAGCCCGCAGUGCCCAGCGUACCCUACCCUGUGUUUUACCUCACGUGGUUCUGUUUGCAGAACAAUCUUUAGAGACAGAAUUAAGGAGUUAGUCUCCUUUUCCUAUGGUUUGCUUUUAGUAACUAGAAAGAAUUCCUAUAGUUGGUAGUUAAGGCAACUGAGCAGUGGAGGGGGGGGGGGAGGUGGAUAAAGUGCCCUUGUCCAGCCUGCCUAUGAAUCGGCGAUUUGUUUGUAUUUUCCGUUCCAUUUUUUUGUGUGUGUCUGCUGUGAUGUCGUCCAUGUAUUGGCCAGAGGUGCUUGUGAAGGCCUUUAAGUUGUGGCAGGUGUUGGCUAACACUUUGAAUUGAUCUGUGCUUUUUGAAUCUAACUUUAAUGACUGGGGAAACGAUACACCCCAGGUCAUCCUUUGGGACUCCUGGGGGAUACCCAAAAUUCAAAUUGUGACACUGUCCCAAGGUUCUAGUGAAAGAUCGUGCUAGACACAUCACUGGCCUAGCUUUGAGAAUGAGAAAGCUUGGGAAGAGAAGCUUCAAAGUAAUGGUGAUUUGGUGCUAAUAAGGAACAAAUGUGGCUUCAUUUUCCUUCUCUUUCCCUACCUCCCUCUGCUAGGGGUGCUAAUAUGCGGUGAAUGGCUGUGGCCUGUGGCCAGAAGUUUUGAAAUGACAGUAAAUAGGAAAGGAAGUUAGUUUGGCAUUGUUUCAUUCAAAUAGUCUGACAUUCACCUCUUGGCUAAGCUCGGAGCACCUCCUUCCCAGGCCUUGCUCUAUUCUCUAGCCGUAGAAGCCAUGUGGAGGGUUUCAGAAAAGCUGUGUUACCUCAAAGGUGUUUUUGUCAUCCCAAGUAUCACUUCACCCCCCCCCCUCUUCCAUGUAUAACUCUACGGCGGCUGUGGCCUCUGGACUAACUUCUACAUGGCAGCAUUUUUUCUUUUACUCACUUUUGUGCAAUCUGUUGUAGAUCUCGCUCUCUGUGUCCUCCCUUUUGCCCAGUCUUUUAACAACCUGCAAUGAGAGUCACCUGCCUUCUCUGUGGCUUUUUUACACCUGGGUUCUAUACCCUGGCCUUUAUUGUUACUAUUUAUGUUUCAAUGUGUGUUUCUGGCAUAAAAACUUAUUUGCAAUUUAAUAAAGAAGUUCCCAAACCAGUA